AUGUCGGACUCUGAACUUACCACUAUAGUUUGGCGACAUCCUGAAUGGAUUAUGCAGCAACCAAACGGACUAAACUCCAAUAACGUUCUCGAUUACUUUUCAGAAUCGCCGUUUUGGGAGAAACAUUGUAAUAAUGCGACGUUGAAGAUGCAAACGCAGUUUAACGAUUUGAAGGAUUUGAUGUUUGAGUUAAAGAAGAUGAAAGGAACCGAAUUCCAAGUGGCACAUGAGCGUCCCCCGUUUCUGUGGAUUAUUCGUAAACAGAACCGGAUAAGUGAGUAUGAGGUGGUACCCACCACCACUUAUUACGUGUACAAAGCUGAUGUGUAUCAAGCGCCCGACUUAUACUCGAUACUUGCUAAUCGCGUGAUGAUAAGUUUACGUUCAUUAGAUAUAGCAUUUAACGCGUGUCAUGAUCAAGUGGAAUUUCAUCCCGCAACCGGGUACACGUGGAAAAAAACAUCAACAACCGAGUCGCAAGAUUCAAACAAUAAAGAUGACAGUAACAUAAAAAUUAUCGAACAGGAAUCUCAAGAGGCAAUCAACUUCCGAGAAAGUGCUCGGCAAUCAUUAGAAAGUGCAAGUCGAAAGAUAAGGAUGCGUCAAGCGGCGGCAAUUCGUACACUAGAUAGUAUGGCGAAGCAGGGUGGUCAGUUAGAAUCUGAUGAUGGGGUUGGUCUUUCACGCACUUCGUCUUCACAACCAAGACAAUAUUUAUGA